UUGACAGGAAGUCAUGAAACUUCCGCUUUGGCGGGCCGUAUGACGUAUUUCCUGCGACUGUUUUGUUACCAACCCGCCCAAGUUCGAAAAAAGAAAAACAACAUGUCGGGGAAAAGAGCAUUUCUUAAAGAUUCAAACGUAACAUUUGAGGUCACCGUCAACGAUGGAGCUUAUUCCGACUCAACCAUGAUGAAGGACAACUUUAGACCAGGGAUGACAUUAGUAGUAGAAGAUGAGGAAGAGGAUGGUGGCGACCCACCGGUCGUCUUUCUCUGCGGGAGUUGUAAGUUGCCUGUCGGUGACUCGUUGUCUUGGGCUGGGAGUGAGGACGAACAAAAUCAAAUACUGCUGAAACGUGUCAGUGACAAUGUUUUGGUUGGCAAAGAAACUCACUUCUCAGGUACCUGUAAGAAGGAUCUAGGCUGCCUGGUAGUCCACCUGACCUGCUGUGGCUGCAGCUCUCUGCUAGGCAUGGUCUACAUCUCUACACCCAGGAAACUGGACUACAUCAGAUCCCUGUUCUGCCUCGAUGUGGCUGCCAUAGAGAGCUAUGUCCUGGGGUCUUCCAGUCAGCAGGUGGCAGCAGUGAGUACCAAACAGCAGCCGGUCACUCUGGAGUACAGACAGCAUGUAGAGCGACAACUGGAUGAGAUUAAGGCGGUGACUCUGUCUAUGGGGAAGAGGUUGUUGGUGCUGGAAGGUGACCAGCAGAGUAAAAGUCAGAUGUGAUGCUGCACCUUGACGGUGAUGGACCACACUACGUCAUGGGGGGGGGGGGCCCGGUGAGGUCUCAUAUACACACAGGACUAAGGACCUCAACCCCCCCAUUUCUACCAAAAUCCCACUUUGGCCCCCCGACGCUUCACCCUCUCAUCUGUUAUUCAUCUCCCCCCUUUGUUAGUUCUGAUGGGGGAACAAACAGCCACAACCUGUUCCACAACGAUUAAACACUUCUAGCACAUUAAAUGGCACCCUAUUCCCUAUAUAGUGCACUACUUUAGACCAGAGCCCUAUUGGGUUAAUUAAUUUGAAUAGGGUGCCAUUUGUGAUGAAGUCAUUGUUCCCUCCAAGUGGUUUAUGGUUUAUGUCACCUUGAGACUGUUGUGUGUCUGAACUCAUAGUUUGGAUACUGUUAACUGUUGUGUAUCAGAACUCAUAGUUUGGAUACUGUUAACUGUUGUGUAUCUGAACUCAUAGUUUGGAUACUGUUAACUGUUGUGUAUCAGAACUCAUAGUUUGGAUACUGUUAACUGUUGUGUAUCUGAACUCAUAGUUUGGAUACUGUUAACUGUUGUGUAUCAGAACUCAUAGUUUGGAUACUGUUAACUGUUCUCAUAGAUCAUGUGACUCUAAACAAAACGUUCGUAAGUCGUAACAUAUCCUGUUGUAUUAAAGAGAUGGUUCGAUUCUCUGUGUUUAUGAUGGAAUUAUAUUCAACAUGGCACUUUCCAGGACACAGAUUUUUAACCGAGUCCUGGAAUAAAAAGCAGUUUCUCUCUGUUACUUUUUUUUUAGUCCUGGACUAGGUUUAGUCUGGGUUUUGAGAAACUGCCCCAAAAUGUUGAACCUAAUUCCAUCAUAAAUAGCUGGCUAACUCCUUGAUCCUGCUUUGUGUUAUCCCCCCCCCCGCUGGACUACGCUUGUUCCCUGGGAAACUAGGCCUUCAAUUCAGACAUCAUUCAAGCUAUUAUUUUCUACUUUUAUCAGUUCUUUGUUGUUCAAAUUGAUUUAUAUAAAUAAAGUUACAUAACAUGA